AUGGCUGUGCCAGGAAUCGCUGCGCCAAGAGGGGCCGCACCGGAAAUGGCUAUACUGGAAGUGGCUGUACCAGAAGUGGCUAUACUGGAAGUGGAUACACCGGAAGUGGAUAUACCGGAAAUGGAUGUACCGCAAGUAGAUGUACCGCAAGUAGAUGUACCGCAAGUAGAUGUACCGCAAGUAGAUGUACCGCAAGUAGAUGUACCGCAAGUAGAUAUACCGAGAGUGGAUGUGCCGGAAGUGGCUAUACCGGAAGUAGCUGCACCGGAAGUAGUGUCAAAAGCCCCUGAACUGGAAAAGGUUGGACCGGAUAUCGCAGCGUCAAAAGAGAUUGUCCCGGAAAUGGCUGUGCUGGGAGUGGUUGCACCGGAAGGGGCUACACUGGAAGCGGAUGCGCCGGAAAAGGCUGCACCAGGAAUGGCUACGCCGGAAAUAACUGUGCCGGAAAAGCCUGAGCUAGAAAAGUCUGGACUGGAUGUCACUGCGUUGAGAGAGGCUGCACCUUGA